UAUUUUCUUGUCUGUUGGCAUAAGAAGUUGAUGAAGAAUCGUUUGUCUACAUUAAGUUUUUACAGUGUUUUGGCGUUAUUUUACGGCCAUGUGUGGUUUAAUUUACACAUUGAACAAAAUUCCUAGUGAUGCUAUCCACUUCUGCAAAUAAUAAAGUUAAAAAUUCAAAAGGAUCGGAGAAUUCCGACGGUUUAGACCGAAAUGAAAUCGGUCACGAAAACACAACGGAUGAUAAGGUCAGAGGUUAUGUUGGUGCGUAUGAUACUCCGUCUUUUAGCGGGCCGCACAGAGAUGGUAGAUUUCGGAGCCGAGGACGUAUCACCGAAUUCAGGCAUUCACGAGGGAGCGGCCGAGGUUCCGGACGGGGCCGCAGCGACUUCCCGCCAAGGUCUGAACAUGCUCAUGAUGAGAAUUCCUAUAAAUAUCACGAACCGUUAGGAUCAUCGAAUAACGACAGCUGGUCGCAAGGAAAUAGCCAUAAAUUUUAUGAUAGAUCGGACCUUGCCGUCAAUCUGCCUGAAGAUCCACGUAUAUCAAAGCUUUUGCGUCGCUUGUGUGCUGAAACCGACGUUGAAAAGUCUCUGGUCAUAUGUAGCAAGCUGCAAGAUGCGGUAAUGUUACCUGAAAAUGCAAGAUACAUACGAAGAUCUUAUGAUAUCUUAGUAGAAUCACUUUUGGAUGUUCUGUUUGACGCGCCUAGCCCGGAAAUUAAAGAGAAGGCAGCGAUUGUAUUGGGGAGGAUCGGUUAUGUCAUGGGACAUGAUUUUAAGAGACAUCUGGAUUGGGUUGCAAUGACUUUUUCUGACCAUAACACAUCUAUUAAACAUUAUUUGACUCUCUCCUUUAUAGAAACAUUUCAGCUGGAUUUUCAAACACCUAAUUUAUCUGACUUUGCAGAAAUGACCCUGGAUCGCUUGCAGGAAAUUAUAGAAAGUACUGACUCUGCAGAUGUCUUUAUGGCUGCCAUCAAUGCUAUGAUUGUUAUGUCAAACUUAUAUCCUGAAAAUUUUGCAAACCAUUUUGUUGACACAGUGGAUAUUCUUGUUGGGUGGCAUGUUGACAAUGCACAACCUAAGAAAAUAAAAGAAUUUGCUCUUCAGUCAUUACUUAAACUGAGUCGUCAUUGGCAAGCGGACGUUGGAUUUUCGGUAAAUCUUUUAAAUCAAUUUAUUGAAGAUAUGGUGGCCUAUACAAAUGAAUUGGAAACUAAUAACCAUGAGUCUGCAUCAGAUUCUCAUGAAGACUGUAUGCAGAAGAUUGCAUCAUUUCUCAAUGUCUUCAACACUGUUGUCAAAAGUUUGGGCACCCUACUCAGCCCUACAGUUUCUCAAACUGCGUCUUGGUCUUUCCUCACAGAAGCAAUGGCAAAAAUAAUUCAAGUAUUGACAGAAGUGCUACGUGAUGAUGUUGAGCCAGAUUUGAUAAUAGCAGGAAAUGAAAGUAUUACAUUGCUCCUGAUAUACUUGCAGACUAAGGCAACUUCUUGCUCAUCAGCAUUAUUCUCACUCAUAACUGUGGAGUUGACAAAAUAUCUAAUGAUUGACACAGAAGUCUGCCUCAGCAUUAUAAAUCUUAUAUCCAUAACCAUUAAAGAGAUAGCUGCAAAUCUUCCUCUGGAAUUUAUCACACAGAUUAUUGGCCCUCAGUCUUUGCUUCGGCCUUUGAGGUUUUCUGAUAAUACUAAAAUUCUGACAAAUGUAAUGUUGGUGUACAGUAAUUUCCUAAAUUUGAAAAACAUCCCAUUAUUACAAGAAACAUACAAAUUUGUCUUGAUGGAUAUACAAAAUGCCUUUUCUAUUAUUAUACCUGGUAUAAAGAUUAUCCAAGUUGAAUAUGCUGAAGAACUUUCCAAGGAAGAUGCUGAGAAAAACAUAAUAUUCUAUUUACAAUGUUUGUGUGACCUAGCGAAUGCAAGUAACUCUAUAAUUGGUAUGUGGGCAUUGAAACCGAGCAUUCUAGAGCUUUUAGCAAUCAAGAUGUGUCCUCAUGAUGAAAAUUUAAUAAAACAUAAACCUACAUUACAAUAUGCUAUAUUAUAUUUACUCUAUUCCCAUUGUAAGAAGAACAAUCAUUUUAUUGCAUCAAGUGAUUUGGUUACCAAUACGCAACAGAGAGCAAGUGAUAUUUAUGGUCUAUCAAAUCUUAACAUUGGUGAUGUUUCAAGUGUAAGUCCAACCUCGGGACAUUUAGCAGUUAUAUUGAACACAUUGAGUAUCAUUCUAGAAGAAGAUGUACCACAAGAAACCUUGUUAUUAGUAUUGACAUGGAUAUCAGAUAUUUUCUGUCAGCUUGAAAAAUAUUUGCCCAUUGUAAGCUUGUCAAAAGGCUUCCUGGUUUUAACAACAAAUAUGCUAAUGCAUGCCCACAAUUUCAAUGAGAAUGUUACUCUUAUAGUCUUGCAGAAUUGCCAACAAUUGCUAAAAAAUAAAGGUUUGGUCUGGAAUGCCAUGGUACUGAAUAAAAUGGCAAUAAUCUGCAUUUUACACAUAGAUAAUCUGAAUAAAACGGUAUCGAGUUUAUGUAAGGAUGUGCUCUUUGAACUGCCUUGGGAUAUUGUCCAACAAGAACUUGACAGGCAAAUGGUUAAAGUUUUUACAUCAAGAAAGGUCAGCCUGACAGUCCUUAAUAGUGACACAAAACUAAAUGCUUUAAAAGAGUAUCUUAUGAGAGGAUCAUUUACAACAUUAUCCAACAAUCAUUUCAAAUCCAUAAUGAAUAACUUAUUAAAAUUAUCAAUCACUGACAAAAACUUGUUAAUUGAUGCCUUCUUAGUAUCAUGGCCAAUACAAGGACAAGACUUUGAUGAGAAAAAUUUACUAUUUUUUCGCGAAUGUGCCACUUGCUUUUCUUCAAUUUGUGUAAGCUGGGCACUCUCUGAAUUGGCACAAACUUGUAUCACACUAAAACUGAGAACUGCUUUGGGAAAACCGCAGGAUACUUUUACGAAGAUCGAAGGCGCUUUAAAAGCAAUAGCAAGAGACGUAUCUUCGACUGAAAGUAAGUUUGUAGCUAAAGAAGAACAUAACUUGCUGGAUGUUAUAGUUGCAGAACAGGUGCGAACACAUUGGUUUAUUGAGUUUAUGACAUUCUUGGAAAAGUACAUUUAUAAUGCAGCUGAAGGCACAGCCACAGUUCUGCCUGUCGUCAACAAACCCGUAAGAACAUUUUUUCAUACAAAUUGGCCAACCUGUCGGGAAUGGCAAAACAGAGUGCGUCCGGCUACGUUAGCUGUCAGUCUACAUUCAGGUCAUUUCGGCGCUGUUGUUUACCAUGCGUCUCUAAUCCUUCAGACCGCACUUUCCAAUGCUAACAUUGAUAUUGAAGCAAUAGCAAUUAAUAUGGCGCGAGCUGUUAUUAAAAUUCAAGAGCCAGAAGUCUUACAUGGCCUAUACAUAUGGCUGAAGCAAAAUUUUAACAAGAAAUUACCCUGGUUGAAGGGAGCCGCGGAACAAGCCAAUUCCCGCUAUGAAGUAGCAAUCGAAUUUUAUAAGAAAUUAAUUGCUGAAAGAGAAAGCCCUGACACUGAUUCUAACACUGUUCUAGAUGCAAAAGGAACUAAAUUUAUUGAAGAGCAAAUGAUAGAGUCAUACAAAAACAUACAAAGUUGGGAAGACAUACAAACAGUAAAGAUUUAUAAUGAUGAAAACAAGUCAGAUCCGUAUUGGGAUUGCUCAUCUGCACUAAGGAUGUUCGAAGAUGGCGAAGAGAUCACUGAGCAAUUAUCCGACUGGGAUAUUUUACAUCCGGACAGUACAGAAUUGUCAAAAAAUACAUGCUCAUAUCAAGGCCUCUUGAACAAGAUUGAAUCCACUUUGCUGCACACAGCCAUCAAUUAUUAUUAUAAUGAUUACGAUGAAUCAUUUGAAGCCAUCCUGCAAAAUUGUAAGACAUUGCUUAAUGCAAGCGCAGAAGAAUUUGCGAGGACAAAUGCUGUCCACCUUUUAAAAGAAAUUGCUGUACUCCAACUAGCAAAUCACGGAUUGACAAGUGUGCUAAAAAACGGAAAGGCAAUAUUAAAUCCAUUCAAACCGUCUGUUGUUAAAGAUCAUAAAUAUGGAACACAGCUGAAAAACUUAAGUAGAAUUUUGUGGUGGAAUCAAUACUUCACGAAAUUAAAUAUGACCGAAGAAAAUGUAUUCUACACCGAAUGUUUAAGACUCGACGUCAUAAAAAGUGCAAGAAAGAAUGCUAACUUGGGCAUGGCUAAAAGGGAACUCCUCAAGCACUUUAAGCAAAACCCUGCAUUCCAGAUGUGUUUACACAAUGUUGAUACUUUGGAUGAUAUGAGCGAGUUGCUGUUGAUGUCAAAUAAUACAUAUGAUUUAGACAUUUGGACGUUGAAUAACGCAACUGCUUUGGCGGAACUUUGUAAAGUUACAUAUGCAAAAGAAGACACACGAGUACGCGCUAUUAACUUAUGUGCGAAUAUAUCCCUCGGAUUUUCCCAGCGGCUUGCUUUGGGCGAACCAAGUUAUGAGUUAAGGGAAAAGGGAACGAGACUACUCUUAACGCUUUCUAAAUGGGUACAAAGUGAAACCGACGAAGUAAUAGACAAUGAUUCACCUUUAAUGAAACUAGUAUCAGCCUUACCGGAAAUUGGCUUAGUAGAUAAUAAUAUUUCCGAAAACGUUAUUCCACUCUCGGAUUCCGCUGUGGGCAAAUUGUUGCAGUUUGGCGUCAAUCAAUGCCCGGGCCUAGCAAAAGCUUGGGCGAGUUUUGCCUCGUGGUGUUUUAGAUGGGGCCGAAAAAUGGUGGAAUUCAGCUCUAAAACAAGGGAGCAGCUUACUGAUAAUGAUAAAAUUCAAAUAGAGGGAGUUAUGAUCGGAUGCUCUCAGCAGGAUUUCGAGGCGGUGUGUGAAAUCUUAUCGAAAACAAAAGCAACUUGCGACGACGAAGACAUCGAUUGGAACGAAAUAAACACAUCGGAAAUGAUCGAAAAUCAUUUACGAACUGUACCCUCGUUAAACAACGCUUUCCCAGAACAUUUAGCGUUGCUUGUUGAUAUAUGGCGUCAGGCCCAAAAAAGAGUUUUUUCAUACUUUGAACUCUCUGCUGAUGCGUAUUUUAAAUUUUUACAGCUUAUCUGUGCAUCGGAUUAUAUCAAUCACAGCGGUGAAAAUUCGGUAGUAAACGCUACGUUGCGAUUAUUAAGAUUAAUAGUUAAACAUGCUAUGGAGUUACAAACAGUCCUCGAGUCUGGCUUGGCAAACACCCCAACGCAACCUUGGAAGGUGAUCAUACCUCAACUAUUUUCUAGACUUAACCACCCUGAAACGUACGUGAGGAAAUGUGUUUCCGAUUUACUAUGCCGGCUCGCAGAAGAUACUCCCCAUUUGAUUACUUUCCCGGCUGUCGCGGGAGCAGUUGAAAAUGAACAGAACAGUCUGACGGAAUUGAGUGUUCCUCGGUCACUUUUGUCCAAUGAAGAUGUUGAAAGUGAUGAAGAUAAUUUUGAUAUGGAAGACAACGGCAGUGAAAAAACAACAAAUAAUGAAUUAAAUUCUUGUUUCCUUGACAUGGUAGAAACGUUAGCGAAUCAAGCACCGACGACCAUUUUACAAGUGAAACUAUUAGUUAAGGAAUUGCAGAGAAUAAAUCUGCUUUGGGAUGAAUUAUGUCUUGGGACAUUAGUUCAGCAUCAUUCUGAAUUUAAUAAGAGAUUGACUCAGUUGGAAUCAGAAAUUGCUAGAGUAAAAAAUAACGUAAACCUAUCUGCGGAGGAAAAAGAAAAACUGAUUAAAGAGAAACAUCGAAUUAUUUUCGAACCUAUCGUAUUUGUUUUAGAACAGUUGAACCAAGUAACUUCAGGUAAACCUGAAACACCACAUGAAAUAGCCUUUCAAGUUAAAUUUCAAAGUCUUCUAACGGAUGUUAUUGACAAAAUGAAACAUCCACCGAAUCCUGAUAAACCGCAAGAAUCUUGGGCACCGUUGAAGCAGUUACAGAUAAAAUUGCAACAAAAAGUCAACAAGCGCACAUCCUACAUUUUAAAGAUGUCUGAUAUCAGUCCCGUUUUGGCCGACAUGAGAAAUACCGUCAUUACAAUGCCGGGAUUGCAUACAAAUCAAAGAACCGUUAGGGUGACGAUAAAAUCCGUAGAAAACAAUGUCGCCAUCUUACCUACGAAAACGAGACCCAAGAAAUUAAUCUUUUACGGAUCGGAUGGCAAAGCGCACACUUAUCUCUUCAAAGGGUUAGAAGAUUUGCAUUUAGACGAAAGAAUUAUGCAAUUGUUAUCGAUAACUAAUACUAUGCUGGCGCGUGACUCAGAAAAUAACGACAAUCAGACAUAC